CAGAGGAAGUGGUAAACCUUAAACUGUACCGAAUUCGAUUCAGUCGCCAGAUUUGGAUAGGAGGAUAGGAGAGAUGAACAUCCCAUAUUGGGUCUGUUUAAUAUUUCUUAUUUCCAAUGUCGGUAUGACGUCCGCAGAGCCUGAACUCAGCUCUGCUCGUGUUGUCUUCCAGACAAAGUAUGGAGACAUUGAAUUUGGAUUCUACCCUAGUGUUGCACCCAAAACUGUUGAUCACAUUUUCAAGCUUGUUCGUCUUGGUUGCUAUAACACGAAUCACUUCUUCAGGGUUGACAAGGGAUUUGUUGCCCAAGUUGCAGAUGUUGUGGGUGGGAGAUCAGCUCCCAUGAAUGAAGACCAAAGAAGGGAAGCUGAAAAGAAGAUUGUUGGUGAAUUUAGUCAAGUAAAGCAUGUGAGAGGUAUUCUAUCUAUGGGAAGAUUUGAUGACCCUGACAGUGCACAAUCUUCAUUUUCUGUACUUCUUGGGGAUGCUCCUCAUCUAGACAGCAAGUAUGCAAUUUUUGGGAAAGUUACCAAAGGUGAUGAGACAUUGAAGAAGCUUGAGGAACUACCAACUCACACUGAGGGGAUCUUUGUAAUGCCAAUGGAGCGUAUCACAAUUCUUUCAUCCUACUAUUAUGAUACUGAAAUGGAGAGUUGCGAAACAGAGAGGUCUAUCUUGAAGCGAAGGCUCACUGCAUCUGCGGUUGAAAUCGAAAGACAGAGAAUGAAAUGCUUCCCAUGAAAUGGUGACCAAGAGUGGGGUCAACGAAGGAUAAGAUCCAUCCUUCAUGUAAGUUACAUGUACCAUUUAAAGCUGUUGUGUGAAGUCUUGAUUUCAAGUUUGCAUAUAUGAACUCUAGUUAAAGAAAAAGGGGAAGGAAAAGGGUGAUAAACAAACGUUCUGUACAUGUAUGUUGCUAGUUUCUGCCCACAGAAGCUUGUGGGGAACAAUCGAAGAACUUGAAUAGAAGUGGGUGAUCUUUUAUUUGUUUUUUUCUUGGGCCGAAGUGAUCUUUAUUUUUCUGUCCAAUUGGGCUGGGAAGUGACGGGUGGCUUCAGGAAAUGAUGAUUGGAUUGGCCUACAGAUGUCUUUAUCAUAGCAACUCUUAGGCCCAUUGAAAUGCAUGUCCUAGGGGCCCAAGAUGUAAGGAACUAGUGAGGGCGUGAAGUUAUCCUUUGCGUUGUGUCUGGAAACGCGAAUUAUAGGAAGUUUCGGAAAAUUUCAAAGUUGUUUCAAUUUAGUUCCGGAUUUCCUUUUAUAUAUUAAGAGAAGCUAGCAAGAAGAAGCGAAUCGAAAACAGCAGGGGAAGAGAGUCAAAAUUCAACAAGAGAAAGAAACCAGUCUUUUAAUUUGAACUAGUAUUUACUUUUUUGAAGACUCAGAUUGACAUUUUUGUUUUGUGGCCCUACAGGCUACACCCACAUCCCAAUAAUCAUCAUCUCAUAAUGUAGCUAUCAUUGUGAGACAGAGACUGUCCCUCUAAACAUCAAGUUUCUAAUUAAUUUGAACAUCGUGU